AUGCGGGAAAUUGUGCACAUUCAGAUUGGCCAAUGUGGCAACCAGAUCGGCACCAAGUUCUGGGAGGUGAUUGGGGAAGAACACGGGAUUGACUGUGCUGGGAGCGACUGUGGGGCUUCUUCCCUGCAACUGGAGAGAAUCAGCGUGUAUUACAACGAAGCCUAUGGUAAGAAGUUUGUGCCCCGAGCUGUCCUGGUGGACCUGGAACCCGGGACAAUGGACAGCAUCCGAUCCAGCAGAUUAGGAGCUCUCUUUCAGCCUGACAGUUUUGUCCAUGGUAGGUUUUUUUCCAGAAGCUUCCAUCAGGAAGAGCUGAGGACGCCGCCUAGUGGCGCCCUUUCCACCUCACCUUUCCUCUUUCCCCCACUUCUGGCCUCAGGUAACUCUGGUGCUGGUAACAACUGGGCCAAGGGCCACUACACGGAGGGAGCCGAGCUGAUCGAGAACGUCAUGGAUGUGGUGAGGAGGGAGAGCGAGAGCUGUGAUUGCCUGCAGGGCUUCCAGACUGUGCACUCCCUGGGUGGGGGCACCGGCUCGGGUAUGGGCACCCUGCUCAUGAACAAGAUCAGAGAGGAGUACCCGGACCGGAUCCUGAACUCCUUCAGCGUCAUGCCGUCCCCCAAGGUGUCGGACACGGUGGUCGAACCCUACAACGCAGUGCUGUCCAUCCACCAGCUCAUUGAGAACACAGACGCUUGCUUCUGCAUCGACAACGAGGCCCUCUACGACAUCUGCUUCCGCACCCUGAAGCUGACAACCCCCACCUACGGUGACCUCAACCACCUGGUGUCCUUGACCAUGAGUGGCAUCACCACCUCACUGCGAUUCCCGGGCCAGCUCAACGCAGACCUGCGCAAGCUGGCGGUGAACAUGGUGCCCUUCCCGCGACUCCACUUCUUCAUGCCUGGCUUUGCCCCCCUCACGGCCCACGGCAGCCAGCAGUACCGGGCCCUCUCGGUGGCUGAGCUCACCCAGCAGAUGUUUGAUGCCCACAACAUCAUGGCUGCCUGUGACCCUCGCCGUGGGCGCUACCUGACUGUGGCCUGCAUCUUCCGGGGUAAGAUGUCCACCAAGGAAGUGGAUCAACAGCUGCUGUCUGUGCAGACGAGAAACAGCAGCUGUUUUGUGGACUGGAUUCCCAACAACGUCAAGGUGGCGGUGUGUGACAUCCCACCCCGGGGGCUAAACAUGGCGGCUACCUUCCUAGGUAACAACACGGCCAUCCAGGAGCUGUUCACCAGGGUCUCUGAGCACUUCUCGGCCAUGUUCAGAAGGAGAGCUUUUGUGCAUUGGUACACCAGCGAGGGGAUGGACAUAAGUGAAUUUGGGGAGGCUGAGAGCGACAUCCAUGAUCUGGUGUCUGAGUACCAGCAGUUUCAAGAUGUUAAAGCAGAGUUGGAGGAGAGUGAAGAGGGAGGGGAGGAGGAGGAAGUAAUGGAGGCAGAAGACUGACAGUAUUAGCUAGGGAGAAGCCAGGCCAGUCACUUCCAGAAGCUUCUACAAGGACCUGGCUGUCCUACAGGCCCUGGAGCCUGCCUUCACCUCCACACCGCCAGGGAAAGGGAUUGUGGGAGGGGUGGGGAUAGCUGGGGAACUGGGUCUGUGCUGCUCACAGUUGCUAUCCAAUGUUCAGUGCACACUCUCUUAACUUCUAGUUUUUAAUAGCAAGUGAAUUUACUAUAAGGAGCCCUCUUUAUUCCACUAACUACCUGCAGAACUCCAUAACUCCGUACCAGCCUGAGGGUUUGCUGGGAGCCACCCCCCCACCCCCGCAGCUUUCCGCAACAGUUCUGGGUACCUGGUGCUGCUAAGAUGCUCCCCUGAGUCUCCUUCGCAAGCCCAGAAAAGCCAGGUGCCUAAGGAGAGAUGGGAGGUUCAGGGCCAAGCAAGUGUGAUCAGCCUCCAUCAGCACACUGUGCAGGCCUUGUGUCCUAACACAAUAGCUUCAAAGAGACAAGGGUGAUAAAAACCAGAAGGCCACCUUCCUUCCAGGUGACUGGCUUCCAGUACAGAGCUGCUUAUUUUAAGCUUAUUAGUACUAGAUUCAUGAGGCUCAUUAAUGAUCGUACUUGGUUUCCUUUUAAAGGCAAUUUGUGGAUGCCCUUUUCAUUAUACCCGGUAGUCACCUCCAAAUCCGCUCGCAGCCCCUCCAUCCUCUGGGAAAGGGCACGAGGCUUGCUCAGCAACCACUCAAACGUGGAGACGAAGCUGACACAGCAGUGUCCUCGGCAAACGGGACAUGGGCUUAUUAGGAAACUUUUACAAUUCACAUUAAUUCUUGGAAGUCACCAUCGACAUGGGCUUAUUAGGAAACUUUUACAAUUCACAUUAAUUCUUGGAAGUCACCAGCAACAUCCGCACGCUGACACGGUUUAGCCAUGACACGAUUUUAAUCUGCUCACUUCACAACAGGGCCUGAUCGAGUCACCCAUAACUGCUUAAUUGCAGUUUAACUAGGUCUGAGGCGCAGCAGCUCCUUUUGGUAUCACUGGGGUCUUUAUGGCCGGCUACAAAUGCCCCAUAACAGGUGAUAGGAAGGGAAGACGCUCCAACCUUCACACAAGGGAAUAUUUAUUUGCAAGAAACAAGAGUUCUCAUAUUGUGAUUUACUUUUUUUCCCCCCAUGGUGCUGGAGGUGGAACCCUAGCCUUGGGGUAUGCCAGGCAACUGUUCUAUCGCUGCUACUCUCUCAGGCCGAGUCAUAACCCUCAAUAAUAAAGGUGGAGGGAUGAAGUGUUCAUUCUAGAAACUUCAUUCUCUUCAUGUGUGCAUUGUGAGGAAAUAAUUAAAGUAUGUGUCAAGAGAAAAUUAGGUCCCAAUAUUGGUGUCACUGACCAGCCUGUUUAUAAAACUGAAAAAGCACAAAAUAUUUCCAGUACUUUCUACUUGUGUGUGGAUCAAGAGCACUAGAUUUAGGAAGAAAGUGCAUGUAUACAUGCUUGGUUUGGAGGGAGAAACUUCUUGGAUCCUGAGGACUUGUGACUUGUGGGACCCUAAAAGUUCCAUUGUGUUUCCUUUGGACUCCUCCUGCUAAAACCUAAAAAGGCAACUAAAUAAAUGCAAGGGAUGGACUUAAGUCUUAAUCUUUUUUUCUGAUUUAUGAUUGUGAAGACUUCAGUUUGCUCUGUAAUUAUCAUUAAAAUUCAGCGAAAUUCAA